UGGCAAGUAAACAGUUCACUUCCUGUAAUUUGUGUUGUAUUGACAUCCGUCUCAUACAGACAUAUCCUUCGUCUGUCAAAACCACAUUUGCUCGGACUUUGUAGUAGCUUUUAAUUCAUCAUUCAGGCCGCAGUUAGGGUGAGGUGAGCCGGCUGUUAUCUUACACCAGGAGCGGGCUGAAGGAGCUCGGCAGCCGGACAGGAGACAUGACGGCUGGGCUGCUGGUGGUGAUGGUCGGAGGGCUGCUGGAGGUCUGCAGCGGCGUCUCAGCAAACAGAGGAGGGUACCCGUCCUUUACAGAUGAAAUCCCUUUUAAAAUCAACUGGCCAGGCGCUGAAGUCACGCUGCCAACGUCAGGUGUACUGUACAAGGAAGAUGACUUUGUCAUUAUGACAACAGCAGAGAAGGAGAAGUAUAAAUGUCUCCUGCCUUCUCUGACAUCAGGAGAUGAGGAUGACGAUAAAGAUUACAGUGGGCCCACUCCGGCUGAACUGCUGGAUCCACUAUUCAAACGAAGCAGCUGCUCCUACAGGAUUGAGUCAUACUGGACAUAUGAAGUAUGUCAUGGAAAGCAUAUAAGACAGUAUCAUGAAGAGAAGGAGACUGGCCAGAAGAUUAACGUUCAGGAGUACUUCCUGGGUAAUAUGGCACAGAAGAGCCAGUCAACAGAGACAGAUAAAGUUGAAGAGACAGAAUAAGUUAAAUCAACAGCUGAAACUGAAGUGCCCACUAAGAAUAUAGAAGGCCAGCUGACUCCCUACUUCUCGUUGGAGAUGGGUAACGGGACUCCUUGUGUGCUGAAACAGAACGAGGCUCGCUCCACGUCUGUGCUGUACGUCUGCCAUCCGGAGGCCAAGCAUGAGAUCCUGUCGGUCGCUGAGGUCACUACCUGUGAAUAUGAGGUGGUGGUGUUGACUCCGCUGCUCUGCGCACACCCAAAAUACAGGUUCAAGUCCUCCCCAGUGAACGCCAUCUUCUGCCAGGCUCUGGCUGGCUCCCCUUUGCGGCCUCGUCGGCUCGCCCAGUUGGAUAAGGAGCAAGAGGAGCAGCUUAAACCACCUUUCAGCGCCACCACCGAGACCAGAGAGGAGGAUACGUCACCAGUGAGAGAGGAGGCCUUCACCUCCACUCACAAACCCAUGACUGUGGGAGGACAGUCUCAGGUCACUGUCGGCACCACUCACAUCUCCCGCUUGACGGAUGACCAGCUGAUCAAGGAGUUCCUCAGUGGCUCAUACUGUCUGCAUGGGGGGGUCGGGUGGUGGAAAUAUGAAUUCUGUUAUGGAAAGCAUGUCCAUCAGUACCAUGAGGAUAAAGAGCAAGGAAAGAAUAUUGUGGUGGUCGGGAACUGGAACGCCCUGGAGCACAUGGAGUGGGCCAAGAAGAACGUUGCCAGAUCCUACCAGCUCAAAGAUGAUGGCGUGCAGAAAGUCAAGUUGGUUUCCCACUUCUAUGGCCACGGGGAUGUGUGUGAUCUGACAGGGAAGCCCAGACAGGUCAUUGUCAAGCUCAAAUGUAAGGAGUCUGAGUCUCCCCAUGCUGUCACUGUCUAUAUGCUGGAGCCUCAGACUUGUCAGUACAUCCUCGGGGUUGAGUCUCCGGUCAUAUGCAGGAUUCUUGACACUGCUGAUGAAUAUGGACUUCUGUCAAUCUCCAGCUAAACUGACAAAUAUCAUAUGACAGCAACGGCGCAUGAAGGACAAAGAGAGGACGUACAGAGGAAGGAGCACUUGAAGAGAGAGGACAGUUAUCAUAAAACAGAAGCCUGUUUGAUGGAGGAAGAGAGAUGCCCAUGACACUGUGCUAAAAGCCAAAAUCGAGGUGAAACUUGGUCCCGAGGCUGGACUUGACGUAGCCAGGGAGCAUGGCCUCAGCUCAUGCCCUUAUCUGUGCAAUGGGUAGUGCUACAUCACAGCCUGAUCCAGCAGACUUGCUCAGACUUUGUGAAAACAUGGACGCCUCGCUCCACAAGGCAGUGGAUUUGUUGCCUGUACCCCAUAUCUAUGCUUCACUUUGUGUUGAUUGAUUGCAAGCAAAGGAGUGAUGAAUCAGGGGAUUCAUAAUCAUCAGGAGAAUCACAUCGUUCGUGGUGGUUUUAUUGUCUUUAAAGUUUAUUUUUGUGUUUGAGUGUGUGUGUGAGUGUGGUAUGAAAUGAUUAGCUGCUUGACCCUGGCACUUUGUACUUGUAGAUAUGCAAAAAGCAAGUGUGAAAAUGUUUUAGCAGCUGUGAGAGUGAGUAUCGUGUUAAUUUACAGGAUGAGUGAGUGUAACUUAUGCAUUAGACGGUGCUGUGGAAUAGCAACAGAGGUGAGUGGUUGAUUAAAAUUCCCUGUAAGUUUGUUGGCUGUGCAGAAUGUCUGUGGGUUCCUGUAAGAGGUAUUCUGUGGUUUUAUGAAGAUGCGCACUGGGAGCCUGAUCACUGCUGUAUCACAGGGAUACAAACCAAUGCAUUUGCAGCAAAGAAUAAAAACUGAAAUGUGAAACCUCA